AUGAAUCGAAAUCAGCUCGUAGCCGAACGCGAUAAUCUUCUCGCCGACUACAACGAUCUCCUUCUCCAAGCACAACGUCUCCAGUCCAAACAACUCAUACACAAAUAUGAUGCUUUGCCCCUGCUAGACCUUCCCACCCGUUUGCAGUGUUUGCAACAGCUCUACCCGCUGCUGAAAAUCCAUUCGUUCCAGUCCUCCCAACCCGAACACCAUCACCACCAGCAGUCUGCCGUGCAUGUCACCUUUUCCAUCGAUAACCUGUCAAUAGCGCUCCGAUACGCAACUCGCCAAUCUCAAAUAACCCACCUAAGCGUGACUCAUGUCUCGCCCUCCCGAAUACCUCUAGAGCCUCUUACACACUACUGCGAACAAACGCUCAACUUGCCCUUCCUGCUAUCCGGUUGCUACGAAUAUGCUCGUCUCGCCAGGUUCAGAACCGAUCUGUGGGAAAAACUAACAUCUUCGUUCAGUUAUUUGACAGCCCACUUAAGGUCUCAAAGGAACUGCCUGCAGUUGAGCUCUCAAAAAUCCAACCUCACCCUCGACGUCUACUUCUUCAUCACUUUCGAUCGCCUUCCUUUCCCAAGUUCAACCGUCAACGUCAAACUUGCCUCCGAGAUGGGAAGCAUCCCACAUGCCAACGAAGUCUGUUCUGCACUCAUCAAGGAAUACGGACUGGAACACGGUCUACACGAGUUUAUUAAGGCCGUCAUGUCCUAG